CCGCCCCGUGGGAAGCUCGGUCCGGACGCCCUCCACCCUCCUCUGCCCCGCGCCCGCCGCCCGCUGCGCUGAGCGCUCGGCCCGGAACACUGCAGACCCUGGCCACCGGAAGCGAUUCGCUGGCUGCACACGGUGGGCAGAAAAUACCCAGGGACAACUUCCGGUUCCGCUCCCCGCCCGGUUUCUUGCAAACAUUUGAAAGGGCUGGGUGUUCUUCCUGAAAUGAGCUUGGUGAUUAGAAACCUACAGCAAGUGAUCCCUAUUAGGAGAAUGCCACUUCGAAGGAAGAUGGAGAUUGUAAGGAAUAUUUUAGGAGUGCAGAAAUUUGACCUGGGGCUCAUCUGUGUUGACAACAAGAAUAUUCAGCAUAUUAAUAGAAUCUACAGAAAGAAAAACAUCCCAACUGAUGUGCUUUCUUUUCCAUUUCAUGAGCAUCUGAAAGCAGGUGAAAUUCCCCAGCCUGAUUUUCAAGAUGAUUAUAAUUUGGGAGACAUUUUCCUAGGAGUGGAAUAUAUCUUCCAACAGUGCAAAGAAAAUGAGGACUACUAUGACAUCCUGACUGUGACAGCUACCCAUGGACUUUGUCAUCUGCUGGGCUUCACCCAUCAUUCAGAGGCAGAGUGGCAAAAGAUGUACCUUCAAGAAAAGCAGGUGCUGGAGGAGCUAAGCCGACGCACUGGGGGCAGGCUCCAGCCCCUGAGCAGGGGCCUCUACUGAUGCUGCGGAGCUCCAGGACAGGAGAGACAGUGGACCAAUGGAGCAAGGAUGGGGCCCUGACUAGCCCUCCACACAGGAAGCUCUGCUAGUGGUGGUAUCCAUGGGGUUACACUCCUGGAAUUUAGCUGUCUCUUCCCAUUCAGAAAGCUGUCUGCAUGCUCCUAAACAGAAGACUUCUAAUCCCCAGAGGGCCCUCAAAAACUCUGAUGCUUCAAGGUCUAGGUGGGGUUAGCACAUGUCACCCCUCACCCCCAGGAGCUCUGUGACCUGAGCCCUGCUACCCCUGUGAGAGGAAUGUCCAGGCUAGGGGUACCGUGUUUGAACUUUGUGGUCAUGAUUGAAAUUGCAGAGCCAUUCUUCCCUUUGUUCUCCUGUGGCACUGUGUGGACGGAAAUGGGGGGAGGCACUUUACCACCAUGACUCGAAACACCUGUUCCCCAAAGGUGCUGAGCAACUUGCUAGAAAAUCUCACUAAACAAAAAAAGAA